UCCUAAGGCCAUGGAAGCCGAGAAAGCAUCUCUUAUACCAAAGAGAAGAGAUAUAUCUCGCACAAAAUCCAGCGCACACGACGAGUUACAUAGCUUCAGGUCAUGGCUCAGGUGGAUGUGUGUUGAUCAAUCCACAGGCUAUACAUUUUGCCUAUCUUGGUUAGUGUUCAUUGUCUUCACAAUUGUCAUCCCCACCCUCUCCCAUUUCUACCUUGCAUGUAGUGAUUGCGAUAACCGACAUGCAAGGCCUCACGAUAGCCAUGUUCAGUUGUCCCUCAGCACCAUGGCCACACUUUCCUUUCUUUGCCUGUCCCGGUUUGUAAGGGUUUAUGGAUUACGUAGGUUUCUCUUCUUUGAUAAGCUUUGUAAUGAAAGCGAUACUGUUCGCAAGGGUUACACUGAACAACUCGAUAGCUCACUUAAAAUACUCUUCAUAUUUGUUGCGCCAUGUUUUACCGCCGAGGCUGCAUACAAGAUCUGGUGGUACAGUUCAGGGGCCACUGCUAUUCCAUUCUUAGGCAAUGCAAUGGUGAGCGAUGCGGUUGCAUGCACCUUGGAGCUUGCAUCCUGGCUAUAUAGAACCGUGGUGUUCUUCCUAGUAUGUGUCCUGUUCCGCUUGAUCUGUCAUCUCCAAAUCCUUCGUCUCCAAGAUUUCGCUAAAGUGUUCCACGUGGACUCUGAUGUGGAAGAUGUAUUGAGAGAACACCUUAGAAUCAGGAGGCAUUUACACAUCAUCAGUCAUAGAUAUCGCGUGUUUAUACUGUGGGCGCUCAUCCUCGUCACAAUCAGUCAAUUCACAUCACUUCUUGACACCACACGAUCCACAGCGGAUCUCAGCAUCUUUAAAACCGGUGAACUUGCAUUGGUUUCUGUAAGUUUGCUAGCUGGGAUAAUGAUACUACUGAGGUGUGCCACCAGGAUCACACACAAGGCUCAAGGUGUGACAUGUUUGGCUGCUAAAUGGCAUGUGUGUGCAACCAUUGAGUCCUUUGACCCACCAGAUAUUGACACAGAAACCCCACCCAUGGGUGUUUUGACUAACCAAGUGUUUAGCCAUGAUGCAUCAGCAUCUGAUAACGAUGAUGCUGGCAGCGAAGAUGAACUCGACAGCACUAAACUCAUUCCUGCAUAUGCUAGAAGUACCAUUUCAUUCCAGAAAAGGCAAGCCUUAGUAACGUAUUUUGAAAACAAUAGAGCUGGGAUCACGGUGUUCGGAUUUAUGCUGGAUAGGACUUCAUUGCACACUAUAGUGAUGAUAGAAAUGUCAUUGGUGUUGUGGUUGCUUGGAAAGACUGUUGGUAUCUCUUAAAAACUUACAACAUGCAUGGCCUUCAUUGUUUUGAAUCCUUUCUAGAAUAGAAAUUAAUGAAGUUUGUGAGAAGGGAUCUAUAUUAUUUAUCUUUAUAUUAAUAUUUUUUAUUCAAUCCAUAUGUCGUUUCCCAUUUCUUUGUCCAAUCCUGGAACAUUAUUGUUCAUUAAUAAAUAUGUUUAUUCUUUAUCA